CUUAUCUGACGUCUGUAAGAUUUGAUAACACAUAUAUCACAGGUGGGCUCAGGAGGAAAGGAGCUGAGCAAGGGAUUGUGGUUGAAGCAAAGGAUGUGAAAAAUGGAGUAAACUCCACCAGUUUCAGAAUAACUCAAAAAUAACUUUUCAAAUGUUUGGCUCCAGCAGUGGUGAUCACUCUGUAUCUGCUAAUGACAAUCUUUUUAAUAGUUCUGGACCACUUCUUGUAUUACUUGGUGAAAUUAUGUGGUCCUUGGAUUUCAAACAUGCCAUCCACCAACAUCGGCAUCAACGUCAACUUCAAGGUUGGAGCAGAAGUGGGCAUCUGUCAGAUCUUUAGCUUAGACUCUCAGGUAGAAUUGUUGAACUUCAACAGAACUUACACAGCCCGAAUACACUCUGAUCCAAACGUGUGUGAGGCCCAAUCCAGUAAACUGAACCCAGGUGUAGUGACAGCGCUGCUGUUCCUCUAUCUGUUCAGCUACGCCCUGCUGCCGCUGGAGGUCUAUGCACGACGCCUUCGAAGGAAAGUAGCAGCUUCUUUCUUCCAGGCUCAGGAGGGGAGAAGGGUUGAGUUCCUUAUCGAGAAAAUUCAAACUAAACAAAAAGAAAGACAGAAUGAAGUUUUCUUCAUAACCAAGCAUCAAGAUAAAGAAGUCUUUGGGAUAAUAGAUCAGCUAUAAUACACUUAAUACAAGGUUGUA